AUGAUGACUAGGAGCGACAACAACGAGGCUUCCACUGAUCCUGCUUCUAGCGCGGUCGCAGCUCGACAGCCCGACACUCCUUCGGCUCCUGGAGCUUCAUCGGCAGUGAAAAGACCGCAAAAAACUCCUCGAAAACGUACGCUUCUCACUGCCGGUGAACGCAGUGAGCCUGAAAAUCCAGAAUUCCGUGGUCGACACAGGACUUCAAGAAUUGUCCUCAUUGACUUGACCACCUCUCCGCCUGCAGAAAACAUCGUGACGCUGGGCGAUUCUCCAGACCCGCCUUUCAGGUCAGGCCGACCUGGAUGGCCAACAAUUUUGGUCACCCAACCCGCAAUGUCCAUGGAAGACCGUGUUCGGAUGCUUUUGGAUAGCAGCGAUGCAGAUCCAGUGUCCGAGCAGAAUUCAGAAGAAAAGCUGCUUCCUGUCGAGCUAUCCUCAGCUUCUAGGCUUCCGCUGCGCAAGUGUCGGGCUAGAAAUCAGGCUGCCAGGGAAGAAGAAGAAGAAAAACGCAUGGCUCGUCGGAGAGCCCGUCCCAGGAAAACUUCGAAAAGCGAGCCAAAAGCUAAAAAGGUAUGUUUUUUUGCUCUCAUUUUUUUCGACUUUUUCUCGUAGAUUUUUUUGCAAAUUUCGACAUGAACUCUUUUUUUCAAAAAAAUAUUAAAUUUGUAAAAAUCGCAUGUUUGUCAUGUUUAUGCAUGACUCAUUUUCAAAAAAAUAUGUGAGGUUUGGAAAACUUAAAAAAAUUGAAUUAUCACGGGUAACACGAUAAUUUUCAAUAGAGUUUUUUUGGUUCAAAAAGCCCAAAAUAAAAUAAUUGGUUGAGAAAAAAAUUUCAGUUCGAGAAAUCAAUUAUCAAAAAAAAACUCCAAUGAAACUUUCUCCGGACGCAGAGGAUUAGUCUGAACGGUUAUCUGGCAUGGAUCACCUUGAGGCGACAAGCGACAAAAGAGAGUGCUUGAGAAAGCACCCAUAAGAAAUAGUUUAAAAUCGCCUCGAACGACCGACCGACGGAGAGGACAAAGCACAUUCAGAGCAGGGUGGCUAGGCGAGAGGCCUGAGGCCUCCUCUGAGCGCGAGCUCCGCUAGCCGACUUGAGUCGAGACGAAGUUCAGGCGGUUGUAAAGUAUAAGGCGGCAGAGCGACCAGUAGUGGGCGGACUUGGGCUUCCUCUGAUCCACCCAGCUACAAGAACUCAGGGCGCGCCUGUUGAGAAGCUAACGAUUUUCCGCCGUUUGCCUCCGCUUGUCAACUAUAUUAACAGCUGGGGUGGAAUUUUCGUUUUACUUUUUUAAAUCUGUUCGCCGUUCAUUAUUCGUUCCAAUCAGCUGAAAGGCGUCAAGCCUUUUACGGCAAGAUCUCCUGAAUCCUCUUUUUUGAACACUUCUCGAUUGAAUUUAACUGCUUCACCCUAUUCGCUGCGAUCUGCGUCGCAUUCCCGAGAACCAUCUACCGCUCUUCCUUCGCCACUUGCCUCGCGGCGACACUACGUCUCCCACCGGCUGCCUCACAGAGCCACGUUAGCUGAAGGUCCCCCGGUUCAAACAGCUUCCAUCGUUCUUGUCGAAACCAUGCCAGCCACUGCCACCGCUACAAAGCGGGCUCCUGAUAUACCUCCACCAAAUUCCUUGGCCUUACGAAGAAUGCCUUUGGUUGUGAUUCCACGCAAGCGGAAGUAUAAAAACUACGUUUCGCGAAGACGAAACACCCAACUUCUGGCCAGCCUUCGUCGAUGCGUUUCUGAUCCCAACGUUUAUCGCAGUUAUAAUCACUGGAAAAGUUUAUGGCGACCUUUCACACCUCCAAAAAAUGCUCCACCCAUCGCAAUUUCUACCGCUCCGAACACUCCCACGGUUCAGAAAAAAGAAAUAAAGGCAGUUGUUCCUAAAACUGAAGUCUCGUCGAAUAAACCUGCAGAAGUUCCUCCUGUCAACAAUGGUAACGGAGUUGAAGUUACUGUUCCUUCUUCUCCUGUGGCUCCUUCGAAGCAGAUUUCUGGAAAAUUGACCGAACUUAAAAGUAAGAACGGAGGAAUUGAAAAGACCUCAUUUCGAGUCCCUACGCAAGCUUCGCGGAGAGCGCAACAGCUAGCAGUUGGAAAGUCAAUUGAUGAAUCUUCUACGAAGGCGUCGCAGACUCCUGCCAGAUCGAAAGCUCCAGAGCCUGAAUCAAAACCUCGAGAGAGCCAAGACAACCUCGAGACAGCUUCUGCGAAGCCUUCAAGCUCUCCAUUUGCACCUUUGAUGGCACCAGUCAGAUCCCAGCCGCCUGCACAACUUCCAACUUCAACGACGACAGCAGCACAGGCCAAACCUCCCUUGAACAAGCAAAGUUCAUUACAAAAAGCUGCUGAGAAAAAACCUACAAUCCCUGUGCAAAAAACUGGUAAAGAUGGAGCAAAACCAGCCCUACCAUCUACAGAUUCUGUUCGAAAAAUUGAGGGAAUUGAGUUCCUGCCCUCGACUCAAGAAACAGAAGAGCAACAACCUGUUGGUCCAAAGGCGUUCAGAAAAGCGUACGGAUCGAAGAGCGGUACGACAAUUUGUGCAAUCGGAUCACCGAUUGGCGUCGCAUCUACCAGCAACGGUCCUGUUCAACCUCCUGUUGAUGAAGAAAAACGAUUAAUUGAGAAGAAGUUGUCUCUUCGGAGGAAAAAGAACGAUUCGGCGAAAGAAAGUGGAGCAGGUCUUCUCUCAGCUUCCAAAUCUGGCGUCGAGCUCAGCAAGGAGCAGACCGAUGAGCAAAAGGCGAAAAAGACGGUGAAUGCCGUGGCAGCAGCAUUUUCAACAGUCCAAACGCCAGCUUCCGCGGAAAAUACUGAAGGGGUGAAAGAACCACCUGCAGCUUCAAACGCCGCCGGAGCAGCGAUUCCAAAAGCGAAAUCUUCUGCGACGGCGAGUCUGCUAGCUCAAUUACAACUGCCUGCGUCUGUAUCUGACAAAGUGAAUAAAAUUAUUGCGUCCGGAGACAAGGCAAAACGAAUCAAACCUUUGCAGGUAGCUUUUAUUUCAAAUUAUAUGCCAUGUUGAACAAAACUUUUUGAUAAUGCUAGCUUAGGUGAAAUAGAAUUCUAUAUUCCCGAUUAUUUCGUACUCUCAUUCUAUUUUUACAGAGUUUUGAACCGAAAAAGUCAGCGGAAGCGUCUUCAGCGAAACAAAGUGCGCUCCGCGAUGAUAGAGAUGGUCAUUUGAUCUAUGCGAAUGGUGAUCGCCUGAUGAACAGAUGUUAGUUUUUUUCCUAAUUAUUCGAUUUAUUCAUGUCAAAAAAACUACUCCAUCAGUCCUACUUUUUCAGUCACGAUUCUUGAUACUCUUGGUGAAGGAACUUUUGGUAAGGUUGUCAAAGUUCAGGACACUCAAAAGGUAGUCAUCAAAUAAUUGUUUUGUAAGAAAACGUUUUUUUUUCCAGAAUUCCAACAAAGCUUUGAAAAUCAUCAAAAACGUCGGAAAAUACAGAGACGCGGCAAAACUUGAAAUCAAAGUAAUACUCGAUCAAUGAUCAUUCUCAAUCAAAUAUCGAUUUAAGGUGCUGCAAAAGCUUCAAGAAAAGGACCCGAACGAUGAAAAGUGAGUCAAUUCAGAAGUUUUCUUCCUUUUUUGGAGGGUUUUCGUGAGUUUGAGUACGUUGCGUGAGUGCGCGUGAGUGUCAUGAGGUAGAAUGGCCAGCUGUGGUUUCACAGAACAACUGUUGUGAGUGAGUGCUUUGCUGCUGCAAGUGCCGAAAGAAAAGCGAACGAAGGCUUGCAUAGGUGUCCGUGCGUGUGGACGCUUCCGAAAAAAUCAGCUUCAAAUUUAGGAAAUGACCAGCGAGAAAAAUCGAUUUUUUUCUCGGAAUUUCAUUUAUUUUGCUAAAGCUUUCAAAAAUUGAAGGCUGGAAUAAAUUGUCAAAACAUCGUUAUUGGAAUUUUUAGUUGUUGAAAUAAUGAUUAGACAUAUUUCAAUAAUAGAAAGUCAUAGAAAUGAUUCAGAGAAAAUAAAAUUCCUAACACAAAAAAAUCGAUUUUUUGUUGCUUGAAAAAGUUCCUUAAUGUAUUACUUAAAAAAAGUUGAAAAAAAUUCUUUUCUUUCCUUUGUCACCAGCAAAAAAACUCACUACAAAAAUUCCCCGCAAGGAACAAAUUCAAAAAAAAUUUUUUCUGUAAGUUACAGUAACCAAAUUGUAUAAGAAUAUUUUUUUGUUUUUUUAUAACUUUGUUAAAAACUAUUUUUUUGACACGAAAUUUCAUUGGGCUUUCGAAAAAGGGCAAAGAAACAUUCUGACUCAAAUUGACAAUGACGUAAUUUUUACUUAAUUGGUUGAAAUUUAAGGUCAAAAUAAUUGUUAUUGACAGAGUUACGGACAAAAAAAUCUAUUUUUGGCUACUGUAUAUUCUAAUUAUCAAGAACUUUCAGCCAAAAAGACGGUCAUUCAAGUUUUCAAGGUCAAAAAAAAUUAACGAAACGAAGAUUUUUUAAUGCUUUUUUCCAGCUUUUCACUUAUUGAAAUUUUCCGUAAAAAAAGUAUUUUUCUGAGGUCAAUACGAAAAUAAAGCGGUUCUAAGCUUACAAAGAAAAAGACUGAAAAAGAUAAAAAAAUUUUUUUGGAAAAAUACAUAGUUUUUUUAAUUUUUUUAACUCGUGUAAUUUGUUUGAAAAAAAUCAAACAAUUCAAAAAAUUUGUCGAAAUUUCGAAAUAUUCGUCUGAAACGAGUCAGAUGUAAAAAGUUUCAAGUACAGAUGAAACAGGAAAAAACAUGAAAUUUACAGUUGGGUCAUUCACAUGGAAGACCACUUUGACCUAAGCGGUCACAUUUGCAUUCUGUUCGACCUGAUGGGACUCAGCAUUUUCGAUUUUCUGGUGAGCCGGAGCUGAAACGGGAAGUUAAUUUUAAAUUAUUUUCAGAAAGCGAACCAUUAUCGACCGUAUCCAAUGGAGCACACUCUACACAUCGCGUAUCAGUUAUGCCAUGCUGUCCGGUUCUUGCACGACAAUAAGCUGACGCAUACGGAUUUGAAGCCGGAAAACAUUCUCUUCACUUGCAGCGACUACACGACGGAGCACGAUAAAGGAAGAGUAAGUUUUAAGAUUGAACCACUUUUUUUUAGCUCUGAGAUGCGUUAGAUUGCAAAAAACUUGUGUUUCUUCAAAUUUAGUUUUUUUUUUUUGAAUUUCAAAAGACGUAAAGAUUUGCUUUACCACCUCAUUAAGAUGAUCACAAGGAUAUAAGAACUUCAGAUUGAAUCGUUUUUUCAAGCUUCAAAUUAACCUUAGCGUUCUCAAAAACUUAAAAAUGAUGGUUUCCGAAGAUAAGCGAAACAGAAGAGAGGGCUAAAAAUAAGAAUAUUUCGAAGGUGAACUGGCCCAUUGAGAUUCUGCGAUUUCUUCCAUAGUACAUUGAAUGAGAGAUUUUUAAAACCUCUGUUGUUUAAAAUACAUUUUCUCAGCGUAAAAUUUCCAACCACGAUCGUCUUUUAUUCAAAAAUACUAUUUAUAUUAAGCGAGUUCUUUUUUUUGUUAAAAAGCACGAAAAAAAUUUGUAAAAUCGGCAAAGAUAGAUUACGGCGGCUCCACAUGCGCCUUUAACAUGAGCCUCAUUUGAUGACUCAUUUCCUUUUUUUUUAUUUAGUCUAUUAAAAGAAAAUGUGAAAACCAAUGAAAUGGACGUGAACAAAAACCGAAUACAUUUAAAACAGAAAUAAAUCACCAAUUGAGGCUCUUAUUAAAGGCACAUGUAGAGCCGCCAUUAUCUGGUCUCGCCGCGUAAGUUAUACCGCCCCUUUGCUGGAGCUGUGAUCGGACUAUAGUUAGGUUUUCGGUUUUCAGUUCAGGAGUAAAAUGAAAAACGAAUAUUUUGGAAUGAUUACAGACAUAUCGAACGCUGAAGAACACGCAUGUCCGCUUGAUUGACUUUGGCUCGGCAACUUUCGACACCGAACAUCAUUCAACUAUCGUCUCAACUCGACACUACAGAGCUCCUGAAGUCAUCCUGGGUAUUUAUUGUCCAACGACUCAUCUGAAUAAUUUGAUUGAAGAACUUGGUUGGCAACAACCGUGCGAUGUCUGGUCGAUCGGUUGCAUUUUCUACGAGCUGUACACUGGAACGACGUUGUUCCAGACACACGAGAACCGUGAACACUUGGCGAUGAUGGAAAGAGUUCUUGGUGAAAUCCCGAUGAGAAUGGCCAAGAAGACGAAGUGAGCCGUUCUUCAUGAUUUAGGGGGGGUUGAAAAAAAGAUAGGCUAAACCACUUCUCAGGAGAAACUCAUAUAAUCAAUUUUCCCGACUUGAAAGGCAAGGUGGGUAGCGUUGCGUGUGCGACGCGGCUUUUGGUCGGGAACUCAAGGUCAAACAUGAAUCACUUUUUUUUCUCACUUGUCGACACCUUCCAAUAAAUCGGAUUUACUACGGUAUUUGACUCCCGCCAAAAACCACAACGCAUACGCAGCGCUUCACCUUCGCCAAUCAAGCUAUGUCGCCUUUCGAGCCAAGAAAAAUCGACUAUAUAAAAUAUUAGAACUUUUUUAAUGAAAGGAGGCUGUAUCAUUUCUACAUCCGACCUUCAGCGGUUUACCCCGUCUGUCUCUCUCAAAAAGAUUGAUCGUUUUAACUAUUUUAACACGAUCCAUACAGAUAAAUAAAUCUAGUUCGAUUUUUCCGUCCAAAAUGAAACCCCAGCAUAGGCAUUCACCAUUUUUAGAAAAAAGGGGAACUUUUGAAAAUCCUCACUGUUUUUGAAAGUUUUUAAAUUCACGUUUGGGCAGAGUCGGAAUGGUGGAUAAUGGCCGCUGAAAGGGAGAGGCUCAAAAAUGGUCGCAAAAAGGCCACAAAACGAGUCCUUUUAUCGAGCCUUUCAUUUUUUGGGAUUUUGAAAGCUCAAUGAAUAGUGGAAAAAAGGAUAGGCAGUAAAAAUAUUGCGUAAGAGCCGAUGAAAUAGCGCAAAAAUACAGCAAAAAAAGAACAAUUCUAUGGAGCCUUUUCCAUCGUUUCCCAUUUUGCCUAUGUUGAUAGAUCUCUGAGGCAGUGAAUGUGCUUAUUUUUUCACGAUCAAACCAUUUUGAAUAUACCUCGCUUGAAUAUUUGAAUAUUUGUUACCUCGUUGAAAAAAAAAAAUGAAUUUGCUGUGAUUUUCAAGGUCUGAAGGAAUUUUUCUACUGACGAUUUUCAGAACGAAGUUCUUCGUGAACGGCCGUCUUGACUGGGUCCACUCUUCCUCUGACGCCCAAUAUGUUCGAGACAACUGCAGACCGCUCAGGGUAUCUUUAUCAUUCAUUCCAUUUCCACCGAAAAUCCUUCAUUUCCAGCGGUCGAUGACUUGCACGGAGCCGGAGCACACCGAGCUGUUCGAGCUCAUCGACAUGAUGCUCAUGUACGAGCCCAUGUCCCGUUUAAACCUCGCAGAAGCUCUCGAACACCGAUAUUUCCGACGACUUCCUGAGCAUCUCAAAAUUUGUCAACACUGA